CCACAUUUGAAGGAUGUUAUGCAGGCGAGCGGCGAAGAGUCUGCAAACACAUUUAAUAGCAAGCACAUAUUUCUAAACGUUUGACGUUGUUUCCCAGCACAAAUGCACUGAGGAAAAGCUUCAUAUUUACGACAGUUGUAAGGUGUAUAUGUAGAAGAUGGCGCCGUCGGGCUCAAGCAGCAUUAAAAGGAGCUGUCAGAGAGUUUUAUACUGGAUCCCAGUUCUUUUUAUCACCAUGAUAGUCGGUUGGUCCUACUACGCAUAUGUUAUCCAGCUCUGCAUAGGGUCCAUAACAAAUAUUGGAGAAAAGGUUGUUUGCAUAGUGGCGUAUCAUCUUUUUUUCAUCAUGUUUGCCUGGGCCUACUGGAAAACAAUUUUCACAACUCCAAUGAAUCCAUUAAAAGAGUUUCAUCUGUCAUAUACAGACAGGGAAAUAUUGGAGAGAGAGGAACGGGGAGAGACCCAGCAAGAGGUUCUCAGGAGGAUAGCCAAGGAUUUACCCAUUUAUACAAGGACGAUGUCUGGAGCUAUAAGAUACUGUGAUCGAUGUCAGCUUGUGAAGCCAGACCGAUGCCAUCAUUGUUCUGUCUGUGAUAAAUGUGUUUUAAAGAUGGAUCAUCAUUGUCCCUGGGUGAACAAUUGCGUAGGAUUCUCCAACUACAAGUUUUUCCUGCUUUUUCUAGCAUAUUCUCUGCUCUACUGCCUUUUCAUUGCUGCUACAGACUUGCAAUACUUCAUCAAAUUCUGGACCAACGGCCUGCCUGACACCCAAGCCAAAUUCCACAUCAUGUUUCUGUUCUUCUCUGCCGCCAUGUUUUCUAUAAGCCUGGCCUCAUUAUUUGGAUACCACUGCUGGCUGGUUAGUAAGAACAGAUCAACUCUUGAAGCCUUCAGAGCGCCUGCUUUUCGUCACGGAGCAGACAAAAAUGGUUUCAGCCUUGGUUUUGGCAAAAACCUUAGGCAGGUGUUUGGUGAUGAGAAGAAAUAUUGGCUUCUGCCUGUUUUCUCAAGCUUGGGUGAUGGUUGCUCCUUCCCAACAUGUCUUGUAAACCAGGAUCCAGAGCAGCCCUCAACUCCUGCUGGUCCCAAUACAAUGGUCAAAAGUGUGGGAGAGGCCAGUCCUUUCCCUGCCAAACCUUUACGAGAAUCUCAAAGCCGUCUGCUCAUUAGUGGUCAGUCCUGGACAGAGAGUGAUGGUGGGCAUGAAGAGGACAAACAUGGUACAAGCAACCCAGCAAUGAUGAUCGAAAAUGAAACCUAGCUCAAACAAGCAAAUGCCUAAAUCUGGAAAUUGAAGAAUGUACCACUAAGGGAAGACAGAACGUGAAGUCUUAUUCUACCAGAAGUGGUCCUCACUUGCCCACUGUCGUAUCUUUGCCUGUGUGGGUGUGCAGCAAAGAAAGCAUUCCAGCAUCCGAUUGGCUCUUUUCAUAUCACUGCUCAAUACAUAAGACAUUUGUAAUGUACUUGUAUUAUUGUAUUGAGGUUUUUAUAAUAAAAGUAUAACAGAUUGUCUGCAGAUCUAAUACAUUUUUAGAAAGCUUAGCAAGAGCAAUGUGUUUGUCGGUUUGAAAAGGAGAGGGUUGUGAGAGUAACUCCAUAUAUUUUACAGUAGUUAUUAUGGGGAACAAGUAGCAUUUCCAGUAAAUUACAGAAUCAGAUUGGUAUAGACAUUGUAAAAGCACAGUAACUUUGUUUUAAUUCUGCAACAAAAAUGCAGUCACUGCUCUAUCAGAUACAAAUUUGGAUGCAAUUAAAAUGUAGCUUUUAUAUUGGUUCCAGUGCAUUUCUUACCAAAGAUGUUUGGUUAGUGUAACCGGUAAAUACAGUUGUUAAUUGAUUGAAUAAGAUAAUGAAUAUUGCUUGGAAUAAGACACAUUUUUUUUAUUGGCACUUUUUAUUAAAAAUUUAAAAAAGGCGGUUUUGACUAGGAGAUAAAAAAAAAAAAAUGAAAAACUUAAUAUCUGUAUUGUAAAAUACAGUACCAGUAAACAAAUACUGUGCUGACAAUUGUACUAAGAAAUUAUUGUUGGAGAUGACAUGGAUAAUUAUCCAGAAAUAUAAUGAGGGUGGAGAAAUAUUAUGGGUCAUUGUUGAAGACCCAUCUUUUGGCUGGGGUGCACAUUUCAGAGGACUGAACCUUUUUUUUUUUGGCUUAAUCUUCAAUACUUUUUUUUUUUGUUUUCCCCUUUCAGAAUUUUAAUGUAGAAGCGUAGAGCUUUAGUUUGUUUCAGAAAAACACAUCACUUGUUUAAUGUAGACCAAGGGUGACCAAUUCCUUUCCUGCGAUGGCCAUCCCAUGUCCAGUUUAAUAGGAACAAUUAACUAUGUUAGUGCCUGGAUGGAGGUUGAAUUGUGUUGAAACAAAGACUUGGAGGACCACUUUAGCCCACCAAUGAUAUAUACCAAUUGAGUACAUUUGGUUUUACUCCAAAUUAUGUUUUGGUGAUCUUAAACAUGUGAUCAUGGUACACUGUAGCUUUAAGCAGAGUUGUUUUAUUUAAAGAAUAACAAAGAAAAACACAAAAUGGGAAGUGGUUGUCUAAACAGUUUUCAAAGCUAAGAACCCUUUUCAGGUAUAGACAAGUUGAAGCAUGUCACAUUGUUAUUGAGAAGCUUUAAAAUUGUUUUUUCAGCUACAUUUGCAGUGUGUUUUUAAUGUGAAAAGCUGAAAAAUCCUAAAUCGCAGUGUUUGAGUGUUUAAAUGAGGGAUGUUAUUAAGGUUGUGGUCAUAGGCAGUCUAGUUUUAGACAUGUCUCAAGGAUGGGGGUGGGGGAUGUUCAUUAUAUGUGCUAUAUGAACCUUCCUUUGUUACAAAGAUGACAUGACCCCCCCCCCCCCACACCCAACCAUUUUCUGACCACUGCCUAAAAUUACAUUAUCAAUAGGUAAAAAAAAAAGUUUGUGUCUACUGUAGAAUGCUGCAUCGUUAAGUUGUGAAAUCCUGUUUCAUGUUUUACAUAUUUAUGCUUUUAGCGGUAUGUGUUAUGUACACAGUAUUAUCUAUUUUUAUAUUAUUUAAUUUGGAGUUGAAAUGCAACCUUUUUUUGCCAAAAUAAAUUGUAGGCUUUUUCUCUCCUUGUGUUAAUGACAGUGUAAAACAUACAUGUGUAUGCCUUGUCAAGAACAAAAACGAAUAAACCCACUGCAUUACAACACUGUCAUGCUGGUAUACUAUCUGUAGUAAUAAUAGUCUCGUCAGCUGUGUGUUCACACUGCACUUUUAAUUUCUUAAAAUAGAUUAUUUCACCAGUUCAGAAUACUUGAUUGAUAAAUAAAAUAAAAAAUUCAAAUAGAUGUAUGCAUGGAUGCCUCCACUACUGUAUAUUCCCUUUGUGCAAGAAACUAUUUCCUUGUACAGGGUAACUGAAUUAAAUAAACAUUAGCACUUACACAAAUCAUUUUCUAUAUAGUACAACUCAUACUCCAAAAACAGGCAAGUACAACUGAAAUCAAGUCUCCAGUUGUAGUUUAAGUCUACUGUCUUAAUUAAUACAGCCAUAUUUGCAGUCUGAAUUGACAAGUGUUUUCUUUUUCUGAAUAUCAUAGUACAUGUAGAAGUGGAUGACUCCAGACUAUCCACUCUAAAUACUCAGUAGUCUUUGGUUACAUGCAGUAAGGCGGCAGUAAUGUACAUUACUCCCAAAAUGUUCAUAACAGCAGUAAUACCUAUCGGAUAAAAACGUUUUACAUGUAAUCCUAAACUUAACAGCUCAAGCAAACUAUGAGUGGAGAGGAAAUCACUUUUAUUUUUUUAACAAAGCCAUUUUUGUAACUUCUCUUUUGAAGACAUGUUUGCACCAAAAAGUAUGUGUGUCAAUAGCUGGCAUGGUUGUAAAUUAAAAAUUACAGCUAUCAAUGUGAGAGAGGUUUCUGACCAGUCAGCUAAACAUUACUUGAAACCGGAAAAGUCUAGUGGCUACUGUAAAGGACCCAAAGUAUUUUACCAAUUAAACAUAGCAUUUUUUUUGUUUUAUUUAUGAUUCUUGAUGGUAAAGAUGAUGAAGUUGCAAUCUUUUGAACCCCCUCUAUUCCCAAUGUGUUUGUAACUUUGGGCUUUUGCUGUAAAUGUUUGCAGGUUUAUUCUAUAUUUUUUGGCUGAAAAAGUUUACUCAUCAAACUUUAGACGUAUAUACUCAUGGGAAAACUCUGGAACAUUCACCUUUUUGUUUUUAAUCAAAAUAUUUUAGAAAUAGAGUAAACUACAAGCAUGUUCAUUGUCCUUGCUGUAUAAUCUUCAACUACAAGAUCCAACUUCUUUUUAAAACUUUGUACACCUUGGUAAAAUAUUCUUUUAAUUACCAGGCCCCACCCAUCUCCCUUUCCCAAAAUAAUUCAGAGUAGCUCCAGUGUGGGUGUUUUUUUAAUAUAUAUUCACUGCUCACUGCUUAGUGUGUAGUGUAAGUGCUUUCACUAGUACUGGCAAUGUAAUAUGCUAUAUGCUGUGUGUGUGUGUGUGUGUGUAUAUAUGCACAUAGGGUAACCUGUAAUGACAUGCCUUUCCUCAGGUCCCUACUGGCUUGUUGAGUCGAGUUGCUGAUCUUGACUUGGGGCCCACAUGGUGCACUACUUCCAACACCUCACUGCAGUACAGGGACUCUUACUUGUCAGAUGCCCAACGAGUCCAGGUUCAGACUCUACCUUGCCUCCAAAGUUAGCAUAUCUAACAGCUGCUGUUAAAGAUUGUAGGGUGUAAAGUGGUGAUGGGCUUGACAGCAGGAAAAGAGUU